GCAGACACACACACAGUAUGCCCGCGCAGACACACACACAAAAUAUGCCCUCGCAGAGGUCGUUUCCUGCUCCCCGCCCCACCGAGUUCCUCAGGGCCUCUCCUCACACAGUACGGGGCUUAGGCCUCCCAUUUCUUGUCUGUCCCUUGGACACAGAAUUCCGUGUUUCAUCCCGUGUUCACGUUGCCUCGGGGGUCAGUGCUUCCUCUGCAGUCGCAAGGGAAGAAAGCACCCCAAUUUCUUUCGGCAUGCCGUGUUAGCCUUUUGCUGAAGACGUUGUUUCAUAAGGAAUAUCUGAAUUUCAUUUUUAAAGGAAGUGUUUAGUCUUGCAAGCGGGACGACACUGUGUUCAGCCCCUCCGUGUCACCCUGCCACACCUGCACGCCAGGCUUGGAGACCGGUCCACAACGAGCCUGUUUCUGGUGCUGAGUCUCCUCCAGGAAGCUUUUCCCAGCGUCCCAGGCCCGAUCAGUCCCUCACAGGCUACUGUGGGAGUCCAUAUCUUCCCCAGUUUUUCUACAGUGGCUUCAUAUUAAAAACCUUGAGGGUGGAUGGUGGCCUUGCCUCCCUCCUAUUCCCCUUGGUGAGGUGCGCAUGGCUCUUGGUGAGGUGCGCAUGGCUCGCUGUGCCGUGCCAGGCCACACACACAUUACAUCGUCACCCUCAGCAAACAAUGCGGGAUCCUUAAGGGCCCAGGCCACAUUUUGCAGACCAGGAAGCCGACUCCGAAAGAGGACAGGACUCACCCUGAGUUGGCGGCUGACAAGCCUGGGCCUCUGAAGUGCUGUGCCUGGAGAGACCAUUGUGGACCCUGGAGAGGCCCCUGCUGUGUAUGCCGUAAAACCUUGACCUCCCCAAACCUGGUCAGCAUUUGAGGGGAGCCGCUGCCACAGUACCCACAGAGAAGGCGGGGGUUCCAGCUGUGCGGAGCAGCAGAGGGACGUCUGACAGGGUCACCUCCCCUGCAGAGAGAACUGGCAGCUGACCGUGCUGCUGGGAGCAAGGGCCUGGGCGUGUAGAGCCUGGAAGGCAAGGGACCCCUGAGGCAGCAGGUACAGCGCGUGAAGUGGGGAACCCGGGAGGGACUGGGGCUGUGCUCAGGACCAGCAGAGCAGGCAGGCAGAGUGGAGAGGGAGAGACUGAGGCCCGGGAGGGGAACAGGAGGAGGGGGAAGGAGCGGCAGCAGUCCAGGCCAGGCGUGUGGCCUGUGAGCGCUGGGACCAGCCACCCCUCCCCAUGGCCUCCAAGCCGGCUGCCGGGAAGAGCAGAGGGGAGAAGCGGAAGAGAGUGGUGCUGACGCUGAAGGAGAAGAUUGACAUCUGCACGCGCCUGGAGAAGGGCGAGAGCCGCAAGGCGCUGAUGCAGGAGUACAACGUGGGCAUGUCCACCCUCUACGACAUCAGGGCCCACAAGGCGCAGCUGCUCCGCUUCUUUGCUAGCUCGGACUCCAACAAGGCGCUGGAGCAGCGGCGCACGCUGCACACGCCCAAGCUGGAGCACCUGGACCGCGUCCUGUACGAGUGGUUCCUGGGGAAGCGAUCCGAGGGCGUUCCCGUGUCAGGCCCCAUGCUCAUCGAGAAGGCCAAGGACUUCUACGAGCAGAUGCAGCUCACCGAGCCCUGCGUCUUCUCUGGAGGGUGGCUUUGGCGUUUUAAGGCCAGACACGGCAUUAAAAAGCUAGAUGCGUCCAGCGAAAAGCAGGCAGCCGACCACCAGGCAGCGGAGCAGUUCUGUGGGUUUUUCAGGAGCUUGGCUGCGGAGCACGGGCUGUCCCCCGAGCAGGUUUACAAUGCUGACGAGACCGGCCUUUUCUGGCGGUGCCUGCCGAAUCCCACUCCGGAAGGCGGGGCCAGGCCCGGCCUCAAGCAGAGCAAGGACCGGCUGACCGUGCUGAUGUGUGCCAAUGCCACAGGCUCCCACCGGCUCAAGCCCUUGGCCAUCGGGAAGUGCAGCAGCCCCAGGGCCUUCAAAGGCAUCCAGCACCUGCCCGCCGCCUAUAAGGCCCAGGGAAAUGCUUGGGUGGACAAGGAGAUUUUUUCCGAUUGGUUCCAUCAUAUCUUCGUGCCGUCGGUGAGAGAGCACUUCCGAAGCAUAGGUUUGCCGGAAGACAGCAAGGCCAUUCUCUUGCUGGACAGCUCCCGGGCUCACCCGCAGGAGGCCGAGCUGGUGUCCAGUAACAUUUUCACCAUCUUUCUGCCUGCCAGUGUGGCCUCACUAGUGCAGCCCAUGGAGCAGGGCAUCCGGAGAGACUUCAUGAGGAACUUCAUUAACCCUCCGACCUCCCUGCAGGGCCCGCACGCCCGCUACACCGUGAACGACGCCAUCUUCAGCGUAGCCUGUGCCUGGAACGCGGUGCCCGGCCACGUCUUCCGGCGGGCCUGGAGGAAGCUGUGGCCAUCGGUUGUGUUUGCCGAAGGCUCCUCAUCUGAGGAGGAGGUGGAGGCAGAUUGCUUCCAGGCGAAGCCCCACAACAAGUCCUUUGCGCACAUCCUGGAGCUGGUGAAGGAGGGCUCCUCCUGCCCCGGACAGCUUCACCAGCGCCAGGCUACCGGCUGGGGUGUAGUGGGGAGGGAGGCAGAAGGGGAACGGCUGCCUGCUCCCACAUCGCCAGCAGAGGCAGUGUGGAGUUCAGAAAAGACUCCAAAAACCAACCAGGAUGGUGGAGGAGACGCCGGUGAGGGUGAGGAGGCCGCCUGGGAGCAGGCAGCCGUGGCCUUUGACGCAGUCCUGUGCUUUGCGGAGCGGCAGUCGUGCUUCAGCGCACAGGAAGUGGGGCAGCUGCGGGCGCUGCGCGCUGUGUUCCAGAGCCAGCAGCAGGUGAGAAGGCAGCAUGGCACCCUCAGGGCUGUGGUCAAGGUCGAAGCCCUCCAGGAGGGCCCUGGCGGCUGUGGGGCCAUGGCUUGCUCUCCCUUGCCCUGCUCAUCCACAGCAGGUAACAACUGAUGGCUUGUCUGCCUGGCCCUGGCCACUGGCCCUGUUUCGCCAUGCACACUGGAGUGGCACGGUCCUGUGCCCCAACUCCAUCCGAGGCAGAAGGGCGUGUGCAGACACUUAAGAGCCCUUCCAGGAGCGGGCGGCCCAUGGGUGUGGCUCAGGUGCUCAGGACGGUCCGGGCCCGAGGUUCCUGUCAAUACAGGUUUUAUUUUAUACUUGCCAUGUCAUCCGGAAGUGAGAAAAUGUUUUGGACGGGUCCACCCUAGCCUAGAACAGGCCAGAGCCUCACCCUGGCGGGAAGGGGCCAGGCUGGGCCGGUCUGGCUUCCUGUUUGCCGGCUGACCAUUGUAGUAUCGGAGGGUGGAGAUGUCUGUCCACUUGGAGAGAAGUUGCCCUCCAGGAGGCCAUAGCCCCUGCCCGCCACCCCUGGACAAGUUGUGUAUGUCCCAAGGCCCACCUCCUGCAUCUCAGAAGGCUCUAUCCGCUGGGCUGGCGGCCAUGCCUUUGCUGGGUGGACCCCGAGCGCUGUGUCUGAGGGCAGAUGGCCAAGAGCUGGGACUCAAUUCUUGGCCUGCUGGUGGCUGAACAGGCCGCAUGUCUCAUUUCAGUCAUGGCCUCAGGCAGCAGAAUGACUCUGGAACGAUCCUCGGUUACGCACAGAUCUGGCCCCAAGAUGUGGGGGGCCCCACGGAGAGUUGACUUGGUGGAGUUCCCUCCCGGGAAGAAAGUAGGAGCGGCUGAGCAGGCCCUGCUCAUCACCCAGAUAGAGGACACGGACCCUGCGUGCUAUUUUGGCAUUUUGGCGCAGAGUCCGAUGUACCAUAUUGCCCAGAAUUUCACUUAUGGCCUUUACAUGAAUCCGUCUUCAUCAGACAUUCAGAGAUUAGUCUUAGGGUUGCACACAAGUCAUUGAAAACCAUGCAACUGGCUGCUUAGAUUCCCAGCAGUAUUUGUGCUGGUAUCCCCAGCUGUUAACCACGUUAGUAAUACUUUUGGGGAGGACUUGUCUGUCCUGGUAGUUUCACAGAGGCGGUUGUGAGAGGAUGUGGUUAUUUUCUCCAUGUCUGUAGGUGCUUUGCAGAAUCUCCAUUUCAGGGGCAACACUCACUGCCUGCAGCAGAGAUUCCAGAAUGCCCUGUGUCCACAGGGAUAAGCCUUGUCUUUGAGAGACCAUGAAAUAAGUGUAUUCUUUUUUUUUUUUUUUUUUUUUUUUGAGGCAGGGUCUCACUGUGUCGACCAGGCUGGAGUGAAGUGGUGUGAUCAUAGCUCAUGGCAGCCUUGAGCUCCCUGGCUUGAGUGUUCCUCCUGCCCCAGCCUCCUGAGUAGCUGGGACUAGGGGCGUGCACCAGCAUGCCUGCCUUUUUAUGUUUUUGUAGAGACGGUCUCACUAUGUUGCCCAUUCUGGUCUUGAACUCUUGGCCUCAAGUGAUCCUCCUGCCUCGGCCUCCCAAAGUGCUAAGAUUACAGACGUGAGCCACAGCACUUGGCCUAAAUAGGUUUUUCCUGCUACAUUAUUUUCAGUGCUUUGCCCUUGAAUUCGCUUCCCUUCUUGAAUUCGUAUCAUUUGGCAAAGUCAGCAUGUAGUUUGCGGUCCAGCGACUGCAGCUGAUUCCACUGACACCUUUGUUCUCAUGAGGAAGAGGACUGGGCUCGCUGCGGUUUUUCGUAUUUUCAUGUCUGCAGACAUGGGCAAAAGUCCUUGCUGACAGAGCCCUGCCUGUGUCCUGGAAGUGUGUGUUUCUUGCUUUGAACGCCUGUGUGAAGUUAUAAAAGCAAGCAGUUUUUAAAGAUCUCGGUGCCAAGUGACAGGCCCAGUGGCUCCCAGCCGAGCCCCAGCUCCCAGCCCCACAUGCUUGCUCCUUUGCCCGUGUGUACCACGUGUGGACUGAGCUCCAGCCUCCACUUCCACACAUGGACCCUCAGACCUUGCACAUUUGUUUCCCUUUCAGGGCAGUGAUGAUGACAUGAAAUGAGGUGGGGUCCUUCCUGUUUAGAGAUGAGACGGGGCAGGGAGGGCAGGUGUGAAAUUGCUGAGGGCAGAGCCAGACCCAGGGCUGCCUGUUGAGUCCAGCAGGGACCUGCUCCUGGUGACCAGCCUCAUGUUCUCCACUGCUCGUUCCCUGCCAUUCACCAGCUGCGUGACCUUGAGCAGUGCCCUCCGGUGUGAACAGAGGUGAAAACACUCCUUUGCCAACCGUUUUAGGACCCAGUCAUGUGUGAGGCCUUGAACCUCAUUUCAGUUCUGUGGUGGUCGUGAGCCUCUGAAUCUGCGUGGCCCCUGCUGGGUCCUGGUCUCAAAGGCAGCAUGAUGGCCUCCCUGCUGCGGCCUUACACCCAGCGGGUAGAUCCUGGAAGGCCCAGUGGCCAUGGCUGGGCCCUCUCUUGGAAAGCCUGAUAGCACAGCCUUCUCCACACCCAGGCUGGCUGGGAAGCGAGAGACCAGGUGCUCGAAGGCCCUCUGUGUCUGCGGGUGGUCCCGUCCCACACAGGCCAGGAUCGUUGGGCCUCCCUAGCAGCCAAAGGAACUGAGGUCCAGACCAUGGAGUGUGUUGCCCAGUGUCAGAACCUGGUCUGCUCUUGGGUCAGGCUUCCUGCACUGAUCCCAAGUCACCCCGAGCCAAGGUAUGUCCCUGGGCCCAUUUCCUCUCUCGAGAUCUUGGGCUUCCUAUUUCACAUGUGUGUGCAAGGAAGACCUGUCCUCUAGGCCAUGAGGCUUGGUGGGAGGAGCUGCCAGGCUGGAGCCAGGACUUGGCACCUGGCCAGCCUCUGUUUCAUUGCAUCUUGAUGGGCUGUCAGUUCUGUAGAGAAGAAAUGUACUAGGAAUCCUGUUCUUUCUCCCGCAUUCUCACUGGCAGAGGGAAGUGGCUACACCCCCACAGCGUGGACAUUCUGACGCUCCUCCACAAAGCAGCAAAGUUCUGUUGUUUCAGGAAACUGCUCCUUGAGGAUGUGGUAGUGACCUCACCAGAGGAGUUGGCAAGUCCUAAGUCCUGCCCAGAGGCUUCUACAGAGACAUAAUGUUGGAGAACUUCUGCCACAGGGCAGUGUGGGUAAGACCCCUCUGUCCCCACCAGUGUGGCUGCUCUCUCCAUGACCAUGGUGUUCAGGACUGCAUGUUUGUGUCCCCCCCAAAGUUUAUGUGUUGAAACCUUGACCCCCAACAGGGUGUUGGAGGUGGGGCCUUUGGAAGGUGAUUACGCUCAGCUGAGGUCAUGAGGGGAAUCCCCCCCAAUGAGAUUAAGUCCUUAUAAGAAAGGAAGGAACUAGAACGAGCUCACUUUCUGCUGUGUGAGAACACAAGAAAACAGCCAUCUUCAAGCCGGGCUUGGUAGCUCAUGCCUGUAAUCCCAGCACUUUGGGAGGCCAAGGCAUUAGGAUUGCUUGAGCCAAGAGUUUGAGACCAGCCUAAGCAACAUGAUAAGACCUUAUCACUUUAAAAAAAAAAUAGAAAACUACCAUCUGCAAAUCAGAGAGAGCCUUUAGCAGACACCAGACUGCCAGUGCCUUUGAUACUGGACCUCCAGCCCCCAGACCUGUAAGAAAUUAGUUUCUGUUGUUUAAGCCACCUAGCCUGUGGUAUUUCAUUAUAGCAGUCCACAUUGAGACAGGCAGUCAGGGGAGAGCAGAGGCUCCAGCCUGCUUCUGGUCUAGGCAGUUCUGCCAUUGCCCCCCACUCCCCAGUGCCAUUCAUGGGCCAGGCCCCUGGAGGACUUGGCAUGAGUAAAGCAUGCCUCUGUCAUUAAGGUUCACCUGGUCUAAAAGUGGAAGCAAACCCACACCGCCCAGCUUGACCCAGACAGAGGCAAUAAAUACAGAGCACUUCAUGGCCAGGGCCUGGAUCCUGGGGGAGUCCCACCCUACCCUAACCAGUGCCAGUAACAGAGGGACCCUGGAGUUGUGUACACAAGAUAGCAGCCUAGUUCUUGCCCACAUACUAGCCAAGAAGGGAAAUCAGGGCCGGUGAAUCAGCUCGACUGUCUGGCAGAGCCAGGCUCCUGCCAUGAUCUAGUUUGAACAUUUGUCCUUUCUAAUCUUGUAUGGAAAUUUGAUCCCCAGUGUUGAAGGUGGGGCCUGGUGGGAGAUGUUUCUGUUACUGGGGUGGAUCCUUCCUUUAUGAAUAGCUUGGUCACAUCUUUGUGGUAACAAGUGAGUUCUCACUUGAUUAGUUUCUAUGUGAACUGUUUGUUAAAAAGAGCCUGGUACCUCCCUCCCUUCUUCCUCCUCCUCUUACAAUGUUAUGCUGCUCCCUUUGCCUUCCAUCAUGAGUGGAAGCUCCCUGAAGCCCUCACCAGAAGCAAAUGCUGGCACCAUGCUUCUACAGCCUGCAGAACUGUGAGCCAAAUAAACCUCUUUCUUUAUAGAUU